CGUCAAAAGAGAAAAUGUAGUCUGCAUCGUAUUUAGAUGAAUUUGCCACUGAUAUCUGUCAACUAGAGACUUGGUCAUCUUUGCUGUUUGUAUUUCGCUUACAAUUCAAGCAAGUGUGCAGUUCUAAGUGACUAGCAAGAGUAUAUUUCAAGAUGGAUAUGUCCUUGAAUUGCUUGAGCCCCCAAAUGUAUAAAGAAGAAAAAACUCUGAAAGAGUUCAACCAAAAUGAAACAAGUGAUAUCCAUACAAUGGAACCUGAUGCUGAUGGAUUCAUUCCACCUGGACCAGUGACUGGUAUAAACAAACAGAAGCGUACUGGUGAUGAAGCAGACAAUAUAGCUCUGAUUACUCCAACGAAAACAAAAAAAGGAACAGUGUCAGAAUCAUCAGUACAAGAAUAUUCAAAUUAUUUGGGGGCUAAUGAAAAUUCAUCUAUAACUGAUGUAGUUAAAGAAAUGGGUCAAGGCUUGAAAUUAAGUUGUGCUGAAUGGGCGCAGUUAUUUGA